AUGGAGGGCAGCGGCGCGGCCCCCGAGGAGGAGGAGAGCGGGGCCGCGAACGGGGCUCCCCCGCCGCCGCCGCCGCCCACGCCCGCCGCCCCCUGCGGCUUCAGCUCCUCCCUCUGCUUCAGCGCCGCCGCUGCCGAGCCGCAGCCGCCCGCGGCCGGCGGCCGGGUGGUGCAGAGCCAGUGGGAGAUCAACAACGCCGCCUGCCCGCCGGAGGAGGAGGAUGAGGAGGUGGUGGGGCCGCGGGAGCGGCCGCCGGAGGAGCCCGACCUGGUGAUCGAGGUGUCGGGCCGCCGCAUUCGGGCGCACAAGUCGGUGCUGGCGGCCAAGAGCGACUAUUUUCGUGCCCGCGCCUCACGGGACGUCCUGCGGGUGAAGGGGGUGAGCUACGGGGCGCUGCGGCUGCUCAUCGACUACGUGUACACGGCCCGCAUGGGCGAGGUGCGGCACGACAACCUGGCUGAGGUGGUGAGCGGCGCCCGCGUCCUCCAGAUGCCCUGUGCCCUGCACUGUGCCGCCGAGGCCAUGCGCGCCCAGCUCUGCCUCGGCAACUGCUACCAGCUCCUCUGCCUGGCCAAGAAGCAGCGGCUGGCGGAGCUGCGGGAGGCUGCCUAUCGCUUCAUGAGCGACCAUUACCUGGAGGUGCUGCGGGAGCCCAGCGUGUACGGCCGCCUCAGUGGCGCUGAGCGGGACCUCAUCCUGCAGCAGCGCAUGGAUGCCGGCCGGCCCUGCUUGCUGGUGGCCGAGGUCAGCGACGCCUUCGAACGGCCGGGUGGUGGCAGCCGGCCACAGAGCCGCGAGAGCAGUCGGCCACAGAGUCCCUCCUCCGUGGUGUCGCUGGAGGAGAGUGGCUCCCUCAUUCACUGCUACCACGAGGCCAGCGGCGAGUGGAGGGUGCUGACACGCCUGCCCGAGGAGGCCAAUGCCAAGGGCUGCGCCAUGUGUGUCCUCCACAACUACCUCUUCCUAGCAGGGGGCAUUGUGACCGGGCCGGCGGGCAGCGAACCCAGGGCUCGCCUUUCUGACAAGGUCUUCUGCUACAACCCCCUGACUGACACCUGGAGCCAGGUGCGGCCGCUGGCUCAACCCCGCUCGCAGCUCAAGCUGCUGGCCCUGGAUGGUUACCUCUAUGCUGUGGGGGGCGAGUGCCUCUUCACUGUGGAAAGAUAUGACCCGCGGGCCGACCGCUGGAGCCCUGUGGCACCUCUGCCCAAGGGUGCCUUUGCUGUCGCUCACGAGGCCACCACUUGCAAUGGGGAGAUCUAUGUGUCAGGAGGCUCCCUCUUCUACCGCCUGCUCAAAUAUGACCCCAAGCGAGACGAGUGGCAGGAGUGCCCUUACAACAGCAGCCGCCGGCGCUCUGCUGACAUGGUGGCCUUCAAGAGCUUCAUCUACCGCUUUGACGUGAGCAGUGGCCGUGGUGGGGAGCAGGGCCCCGGCGGCGGGACGAGCGGCGGUGUUGAAGUUUUCCGGUACAACACAGUGGCCAAAUGCUGGAGCCAGUGUGCCAGCCUGCGGCCCAGCGGUGGCCCCAUCCAGCCCUUCCGCUGUGCCCCCUUGGGCAACACCAUCUACUGCGUCAACCGGACCGGCACCCUUCGCUUCAGCCUAGCCCAGGACGGUGAGGUGGAAGCAGAUGGUGGGCUCAAGGGCACCUUUGACAGCGAGCUUCUCAAAGCUCCCUUGGAUGCCAAGGGUGUCCUCCUACCCUUCGUGCUUACCCUGCCUGAGAGGCUGGACAAAGCGGGGGACCAGGAAGGCUCCCUCCCACUUUAAGGUGGCCAACCUGGCUCUGGCUUCCUAGCAGGGGAAUUGGGUUGCAGAUCCACAAACUCCCAUCUGCAGAGGGGACUCUCUCUAUUGUGUUUGCAGAGAAAAGGGACUUCCCCUUUCCUCCUCUCUGGUCUCAAGAUGUUGAGCUGGUUUUAACUCAGUUGUAACUCUUCUCAUGUUUGCUGUGCUUUGUGUGAAAAGCCAAGCACACAAAAGUAAAAGCUGCUAUAAAGGAUAAUCUCUGGAUUAUGUUUGUGCCAAUCCCCAAUCUGUGUAAAACGUUUAUACACCUGAAUUUCUAAAAUAUUCUGACAACAAUGUCAUAAUGGGACGUUAGUGUUGGUUGUGUGUUUACAUGUAGUUGCUAUCUGGGCUGGAGCCUUUUCUGUCAUUUGUGGUUUUUUUCCCUCUGGGAUGAUACUGAGGGAUAAACAUUGCUGGCAACAUAGUUUAGCUGCAUUUGUUUUCAUGUUAAACCAACUAUUUCCUGUGUUUAAAAAGUAUAGGAAGAGCAUUUCCAUCACAGCCUUUCAUUUCUGGUGCAAUAGAUGGUUUAAGGAAGCUGUGGCACUGUGUUAGUCCCAGGAAUUUCAACCACAGAUGAUUUAACAGAUACCAAACUUAAUGUUUUAAGUAACACAAAUGUGUGCCACAUGUUUUACUUGGAAUACAAAGAAAAAGAAAAAAAAGUCAAGUUACCUUUAUAAAAUGUGGCAUUUUGUGGUAGAUAUGAAAUGUUGAUAUGUUCUUUAUUUGAUAAAGGCAAUGGUUUCUGUAUGAAAAAAUACUUUUACUUUUUUUUUUUUUUUUUUUUUUUGAUCACAGAUUUUAAAUUAAAAAUGAACUGAAGCUGUUCAGACUGCAACCAGUUUUCAUGACCAUGUAUGCCACUAGAUCCAGGGAAAGGCUUUGUACUUCAUAUGCUCUUUAGUUAACUGCAGGUCAAGGAAGGUUAGCCUAAAACGACCUGUGGCAAAAAGUCUUUCCCCACUUAUUUGAAGACCAUCAAAAGGGGACAUGGAAAAUAGGAAUGUGCUACACAUGUUCAUUAUAUUGUGCACUAGCAUGAUGUUUUUUCCCUGUCUUUUGAUUGAGAGACUACUUUAUUUAUUUUGAACUAAUGAUUGCUGUAAUCAAUAAGUCCUUGUUAAUUGCAGUACGUGCUGAUGGCAUACACUGUCAUUGUGAUUUUAAACUGCCCAGGAGUGUUGUUUGUGGGGCAGCAUCCAAAUGAGGCAAAACCAUACAAAACUUCUUCCUGCCUGUGGAAAGUUGGAGCACACUUUUUGUCAUGUUAUUCAGAACUGGAAAACAAAAAAUGUCUGCACAGACAGACUAUAUUGAAAAGGGCACAUGCGUUUAUUUUAUACAUUUUAUAUUUUAAAGAAAAAUCAAUAGGCAAGACAAAUGUUCCAGCUUUGUGGUAAAUCACUGAAAAACCUUUUCAGAAAAAAGAACCUGUGUUUUUGCUGGUACAUUUCUAUAUAUUCAGCAUGGACUUGUAUGGACUGUGGAAGAGAAUUGUUGAUACUCAAAGCUCUAGUACAGAUUGAUAUUUUAGAAUGACAUGGGGACCUUGCAUCAAAAAAAGCAGAUAAUUUUAUGUUUUAUUACGAUGUUUUUUGUUAAACAGGACUUUAGCAUUCUUACGCAUAAUUGCUAGUUCCAAAGGAAGGCAGCAGGCUCUGUCCUGUGAGACACCGUCUGUACAAAAGAGAAUAGUGAACUUCAUAGAUAAUUCUUUCCUUCACUUUAAUGUUUGGGGCUUUUUUUUCUCUUCUCAUUGUUGUUGCACAGGGUUUUAAUGCAGCUAAUCUGGUUAGUCAUUCUGUAGAAAACAGUGGUCCAGUCCUAGAAGUUCUUAGCCAAGUGAGCCUGUUCCCUAGUGAGCUAAUUAAAGCAUCAGCCAGGCAGGAGCUGUAAGCCUGUGGAGUGUGACAUUUAUCUUAGCCUCAGUACAGGUUGGUGCAGUGGAAUUUAACAUCCUUCACAGAAUAUUUGAUUUAAUUCUCAGACGAGAAUCCUUGGAAAUAUUGACUCUAAAUUAAAUUACAGCAUUGUAGCUUGAGCAGGAAAGAAAAAUUACAUGUUUGCUUUCAGCAUAAUUUUUAUAUUAACUGUAGAAAUUAUUUCAAGCUGUGUAGUGCAAUGCUUAGGUGCAUACCUAGAGUAGAGAUGUAAGUGCUAGGCCAGAUUUUGAAAUAGUAGCAUCACCAGGAACACACACAAGGAAAUGUCUGUUUUAUCUUGCAAUACAACACAGUCUCAUCGCUUCAAGACUUACGUAGUAUAGUUCUUAUACUACAGCGCAGUUGAGGUAUCAAGCCAGGUUUUGCAUUCCUAUUAAUUAAGCAUUAAUUUAGCACUUUCAUUCUGCUAAUGCAUGAAAAUGCUUCUAAAUGAGUUUUGGGAAGUUUCCAUGACUUAAGAUGUGACAAUAAUCCACAAACUUUUGGGAUAGAAUGAACCAUAUAUUUUCUUCCAAUAUUUAUUGCUGUACACUAUGAAGAAAAACAUUUAGAAGUAAGUUCUGCAGUUAUAAGUGUU